GUGAAGCUAGUUGAGAAAGAAGAAGAAGAAGACUCGAGAAGUGGAGGCUGGUCCCCUUGUUUGCGUCCAGGAGGACGGUCUUGUGCAACUUGCAGCUUCAGCGCCGCGUACUGAAAAAAAAGAACCAGCAGCCAUCACUCGCUUACCGCCCCUUACGCACUGAACUAUGGGCGCCUUCUACAUUGCAGCGGCGGGCACUACCGGGGCGAAUUCGUUCGCGCACGCCGUUUGCAACACGACGGACGAGUGCGCGGCCAUCGACCCAAACAUGGCUUGCUCCAACAACCUGUGCAUCUGCCCAUCCGCAUCCCCGGGGCCAAUGACCGCGCAUGGCAGUCUCUGCUACACCACAGCCGCUUCAUUGUUCGCCCAUUCUCUGGGUGCGGUUUGCACGGCGGACACCAACUGCUCCUCGUCGGCUCUGUGUCUGGCCGGCCAGUGCAGCUGUCCGCCGGGAUUUCAACCCUGGGAUGACUACAACUGCACUGUCAUCCAAACUGUCGACCCUUCAAGCUCCUGGAUGAGCAUCCUGCUGCCACUUUCAGGCUUUGUCCUCAUCAUCCUGGCAGUUUGCGUCUGCGCCUCCACGCAAUGGAGCUCAGGUCCGCGCUGGGCCAAGGGCUACAUCGGCGACAAGGAGUCCGGACCGACGCUCAUCGUAUGGUCCCAGGCGAGCUUUGGCGACCAGACAGCCAGCGGUCCGCUCGAGCUUCAUCCAGCGUCGCAGAACUCUGACUCGCUGGCGCAGCAGCAGCACAUGGACAGCGAGCAGUUUAGCAGUGUUUUCUACAGCCCGCGUGACUCGUGGCUGGCGGCGGUCGCCGAGCGCUCCUCGGAACUGACCAACCAGCUGAACUCGGUGACAGAGCUGCGCGGGCUAUGCAGCGCCCCGGAAGAGCCGUUCGUGCGACCCGUGCUGAGUGGCGACGAGAUGUACACGAAGUACCCACACUUGCGGCUCCUACUGUCCUCGACGUCUUCGUCGUCGGCUCAAGUGGCUGCGGAACGGCCUCCAGCGUCGUCGAUCCCGUUCCACACGGAGAUAACGCCGAGCGCCAGUCACCAGAGCACCGAGUCCGAGCUAUCUUCGAGCAAGGGCGGGCUGCGUUCAGCUCUUCAGUCACCUACGAAUCGCAAAUGUGCGGCGAGAUCUGAGUCGCCUUCGAAGCGCGUGGCCUUCCCGGAGGAGCCAGUCGCGCCUUCAUCAUCGGUAGUGCAACCGGAAAGCGAAUCCGAGCAGCUCGGACAGCGUUCAGCAGGCUUGCAGGCUUUCCGAACCAGCCGCAGCACACCUUGGAGCACGUUCGGCAGCUCCUUGGACUCCCUGCUGUCGACGCCUGUGGUGGCGCGUGUUGUCACUUGCAGCAGUUGCACGGACAGCGCUGUGUCGCACGCCACUACACUGGACAAGAGCAAGGACCACCAGCCGAUGUUGUCGACUAGCUCGAAAACGUCUGGGAAAGCACACGGCUAGAUUGAGAUGGCCGUUUUGAAUGAGAUGUGCCGUGGACUUAAAAACUAGUGUUCAGCUACAAUUUCAUCGUGAACUCGAAUAGGUUGUACUGAUAUUUCCCUAUCUUCUGCCUGCAUGGGGAGCACCCACUGGAUUCAACGCAGGAAACGGUUGUCUUGCCGCCUAAGUUUCCAUUCUAUAACGUGCAGAUUAUGUAAUCCAUACGCUACGUGCAGACACACUUUUGGUAUUUGG